CAUCUAGCACUCUAUCCUGCAGGUCAGGGUGUGUCACUGUACAUUCCCCAGUCCAUCAUCAAUGCCACUGUCGAAGACGACAUCCUGCUCUCCGUUGAAUAUUCCUGCCAUGGGGUGCCCACCAUCGAAUGGAAGUACACGUCCAACUGGGGUGUGCAGAAAAUCGUGGAAUGGAAACCAGGGACUCAGGCCAACAUCUCCCAAAGCCAUAAGGACAGAGUUUGCACCUUUGACAAUGGCUCCAUCCAACUUUUCAGUGUGGGAGUGCGGGAUUCAGGCUAUUACAUCAUCACCGUGACAGAGCGCCUGGGGAGCAGCCAGUUUGGCACCAUUGUCCUGCAUGUGUCUGAGAUCCUCUACGAAGACCUCCAUUUUGUUGCUGUCUUCCUUGCUUUACUCGCCGCUGUGGCCGCAGUGUUAAUCAGCCUCAUGUGGGUCUGUAAUAAGUGUUCAUAUAAAUUCCAGAGGAAGAGAAGACACAAACUCAAAGAAAGCACAACUGAGGAGAUUGAGCUACAAGAUGUUGAAUGCUAAUCAAUGCUGGGCCCAGUUACAUUCCUACCUCAAGAGGAAAACAUUAUUUCCUAACCAAAAGAACAAACAUAGACAAUCUACUCUACAGCCUCUUGUGGUCCUGCCAUGCAACCCAUUCCUGCUAGGACAGCCAGAAGGUAACACAAUGGACCACUUGGAGUUGAAGUUUACUGCUUGGACAAACUCAGUCCCAGGACUUCAAGAAGAGUGACUGGGGUUUGAGCCAGGAGCUUUGCUUGACUGAAGUUUCAGGGUCAUGUUGACCCAUAACCAAUGAUGAGGGACUGGCACUGACUGCGGCUCACAGAGCUUGCUCUGGCCCCAAGGAUGGUCUGUUGGAGGAAUCCCUGUGUCAGGAUCCAGAGUAUCUCCAGAUUGGCUGAUGUGCAGCCAGCAUUGGAACAUGCUUUCUGUGCCUUUGUGCUUAUAUCUGCUCUGGAAACUGCUGCACCCACCAACCUCCUAUCUUGUACCUCAAAAGCACUGCUGUGAGAGCUAUUGUGAGAAAAUCUGAGGCUUUCGGACAAUCUGCUGCCUCAGAGGCAGAGGUAAAAAGAGUCUAAGGGGGUGCUCUUGUGCUAUAGUGAGCUGCUCAGAGGUGGGACCCUAUAGCUUAGAGCUUUAAGGAGAGGAGCUUGAUGCAAAUCUGAGGGACCAUCUAUGGACAUAGGAAACAGAAUUUUUUUUUCUCCCUCUACCAUUCCAAAAUGAAUUGGGUUUUCUCUCUCAUAGCCCAGUUAGGUCAGUGUGAAGGAAAAUAAGGCUCAUUUUCACUAUGGGCAGCAUUGGUCUUCCUGGCAAGCUAGAUUACGCCACCUGUGUGAAAGUUGAGCCUGCAUAUGGAUGGUGCAACCAGGAACACAGUAAUCUCAGGCUUAAGAUCUGUCCUACUCAGUCAUAAACACUUCAUCUCCAGUCAAAAGCCCUUGUUCUCUCUCCUACCCCAGCUGAGGAAUGCUUGGCUCUCACCUACCUCACAGUUAGGAUAUCAAGAGAAGCCCACAGUGUGUCUAGAGCACUCUGAGCAGUUUAAGAAAAGCAUGAGAAUCCUUCAAGGAUAUGGAAAGCUCUACUGGAAAAUGCUAUACUGAGUAUUAGAAAUUGAAAUGCCUUGGGGUACAGAGGCUCCAGCUAAUCUUGGGGAUUGGAUCCCAACAGGCCUUCAUCCUUAAUGUCUCCAGUUUGUGGUGAUGUUUACCUGAAAAUUUUUCCAUCCCCACUUCCAUUUGGCAAGCUCCAAAAUCAGGCAUGAGCUGGGCAUGGUAGCACAUGCCUAGUAAUCCCAGCUACUUGUAAGGUUGAGGCAAGAGGAUCUCAAGUUUAAGGCCAGCCUCACAACUUAGUAAGUCCCUGUCUCAAAAUAAAAAAUAAAAAGGUCUGGGAAUGUAACUCUGUGGAAGAGUGCUUGCUUAGCCUGUGUGAGGCCCUGACUUCAAUUCUCAGUAGAGAAAGAAUC